AUGAUUACAAUUCGGCGUAGUGACAGCGCCAUCACGCUGAAGGGACCGACGGAAGAAGUCGCAAAGGUUCGCACUAUAAUGGAGGACAAGAUCCAGGAGCUGCUGCGCAGUGAGGAGGAGUUCCGGCAACGUCGCAGUAGUCGGUACCAGCAAGAGACGGAGGAGCAAGAAGACGAGGACAAGAAGACGAGCAGCGCUCGUGACGCUGAAGCUAGUGACGAGAACUCACAGCCCAACGCGCAGCAGCAACAGCGACAGCCAUCGAAGCGUGUGAGUCCUGUGGGCGGCACGCCGACCAUGGGAGAUGUCAAGCUGACCAAGAACCAGCGCCGACGUAUGCGUAAACGUGCUGAGAAUGAAAAGUCGGAUGUCUUGUCGAUGCUGGUGGGCAAUGGCCAGGGCGCUUCGACCACCAAGACGACGACGACGACUGGAAGCAACGGUGGAUACUACCACUCGUCGAGUGGGUACUCGCUGCGCUUGUGA